CUGCGCCGCCUCCCCACUCUGCCGCCGUCGGUUGCUCCCUCCUGCCCACCGGCUGGCUGGCCGGCCGGCCGACGAGGUCGAUCGAGAGAGAUCGUCGCGUCGUCGGUUAUUACGUACUCUGACUGACGCCGGCCGGGGAGGAGCGAGCAAUGCACAUUGCGACCUGCGUGUGGCAAGAGAAGGCGGCGGCCGGCGGCAUGGGGGGAGCAGCUGUUGGCGGCGGGAAAGGCGUCGGCGGCGAGUGGGGCGCGGCGCGCGGGAGGGUGGUGGCGGCGCUGGGCGUGGCCGGGUGCGCGCUCAACUGCGCCGUGAGCUUCGUGGUGUUCUCGGCGCUGGACGUGCUGGACGUGGUGCUGUGCCUCGUGUACAAGCUGGUGGACUACGCGGUGGACGCGGAGUGGAAGUCCUGCUACUGCGCCGCGGCGGCGGGGUCAGGGGUGCAGGUGGCCACGGCCGCCGCCGCGCCGGGGCCCAAGGUGGUGCGCCUGUCGUCGUCGGCGUCGUCGCCCGCGUCGUCCGCCAAGCUGCAGCUGGAGGACGUGUCGGACACGCUGUACGUGCGGCCGUCGCUGCUCGCCGACGCCACCCGGACCGGCAACGUCGCCAUCCACGCGGCGGCGGCGCCAACGCUCACCGUGAGCCCGGCCAUCGCGGAGCUGAUCCGCGGCAAGAUGGACCGGCCACCCCGCCCGCCGCGGCAGGCGCCGUGCUGGUCCGACUGCGACUGCAAGCUCUGCCACUCCUGGAGCGGCACCCCGGCGUCAUCCUCCCACCUCUACGUCCACGUCCAGGCUCCGCCGCCGACGGCACCAGAGGCUCCGAUAGAGGACGUGGUGUUCAUCCACGGGUUCAUCUCGUCAUCGGUGUUCUGGACGGAGACGGUGUUCCCGGCGUUCAGCGCCGCCGCGCGGUCCAAGUACCGGAUGUUCGCCGUGGACCUUCUCGGGUUCGGGCGGAGCCCCAAGCCGUCGGAGUCGCUGUACACGCUGCGGGAGCACGUGGAGAUGAUCGAGCGCUCCGUGCUCCGCCGCUACCGCCUCGGCUCGUUCCACGUGGUGGCGCACUCCCUCGGCUCCGUCCUCGCCCUCGCCCUCGCCGUCAAGUACCCCGACGCCGUCAAGUCGCUCACCCUCCUCGCGCCGCCGUACUUCCCGGUGCCGGAGACGGUGUCGGCGGCGGGCGCGGGGGCGGCGGCGCAGUACGUGAUGCGGAAGGUGGCGCCGCGGCGGGUGUGGCCGCCGAUCGCGUUCGGGGGAUCCAUGGCGUGCUGGUACGAGCACGUGAGCCGCACCAUCUGCCUCACCAUCUGCCGCCAGCACCGCGUCUGGGACCGCCUCUUCAGGAUCUUCACCAGGAACAGGGUGCGGACGUUCCUGAUCGAGGCGUUCAUGUGCCACACGCACAACGCGGCGUGGCACACGCUGCACAACAUCAUCUGCGGCAGCGCGGGGCGGAUGGACGCGUACCUGGACGUGGUGGCGCGGCAGCUCACGUGCAAGGUCGCACUCUUCCACGGCCGCGACGACGAGCUGCUCCCCGUCGACUGCACCCUCGCCGCCGGUGCCAGGGUGCCGCGCGCCCGCGUCACCGUCUACGACCGCAAGGACCACAUCACCAUCGUCGUCGGACAGGAGAAGCUCUUCGCCGCCGAGCUCGAGGCCAUCUGGAAGGCCGACUAGUAGCUAGUAGCUAGUAGUCAGCCCUUCCCUUUGCAUGCACGCGUUUGUUUGUUUGCUGCUGCUGGUUUAUUUGGUAUACUUCAACCUUCAUUCAUCAGUGCACAGGAUGAAUGAAGGUUUAUUAUGGGAGGGAGGGAGGCAAGCAAGCAAGCAAGGUUAACUAAUUAGUAAUGGGCUGCAGUAAACAUCCAAUCCAAGAUGCAAUAACAAGCAUGCAUGGUACCCUGCAAAAAGAUCCAAGUACGUAUAAUUGUAGGAUGGCCGACUGUAUCCUGCCUGCCAAGACUUUUCUGCUAGAUUUUUUUUUUCUUCUUCUUUUUCUGGUAUAAAUCAAAGUGUCCUGAAUGGAUCGUAUAUGUAUACUUAUACAAGAAGAGUCCGUCCGUCAGUCAGUGAGUCUGUCUGUAUUGAUUGUUUGAUUGGGACCAAUGCAACGAGUUGGUUGCCAUCAGCAGCUGCUAGCUUGUCACCAACUCAUCAACAACAUCAAUUGUAACAUACAAAUGCAGACGUUGUCAAAGCAGAAUUUAAAGUAAGCUGCAGAAGUUGGUUUCA